UUGAACAAUAAACAAUCAAAAUUUCCAAUACAAUGGAUAGCUCGAGUGCCGUUGGACGGCGCCGUGUUAAUUCUCGUGUAAAUGCAGAGGAUCAGGCAUUGGAUCAAAUUGCUAAAGAGGCUGAAGCAAGAUUAGCUGCUCGCAGACAGGCUCGGGCUGAAGCUCGUGAAAUCCGUAUGCGAGAGUUGGAAAGACAACAACAGCAACAGGAGUUAAAUGCCGAUCGUGUAUUCGAUAUGCAUACAACAGCAUCGGGCAUAGAUCCAUUGUCACGAACAAGACUGGGCAUGGGUAGUGCAUCACCGGCAAUUAGUGGCUUAUUGAAUUCUUCACGAGUUGGUAACUCAAUGUCUUCAAGACGCAGCAGUGAAGAUUCCCUAGAGGAGGAGGGACGCAGUUUAAGAGAUAUACGCCAUGAACUAAAGGAUGUGGAAGAGAGAUUUCGCAAGGCCAUGAUAGCAAAUGCUCAAUUAGAUAAUGAGCGUGCAUCACAAACGUAUCAAAUACAAUUGUUAAAAGACAAAUUGGAAGAUAUCGAAGAAUCGUAUGCCCAGUUACAGCGUGAAUUCAAAGAAAAAUCACGUGAAUGCAAUUCACUGAAACGUACGCUAGAUAAAUUAACGGAAGAAAUGAAAUUGGUACAGGGCCAGCUGCAGGAAAGGGAUACCCUAAUUGAGGAACAGGGUUUGGUUAUUGUGGCCGUUGAAAAUGAGGAUGGCACCGAUGCCAAACGUGCUCUAGUCAGCGUAGAAAAUGCACAAUUAUUAGGAUCUGUUCAGGGUUCUUUAGAUGUACGACUUAAAAAAUUCAGCGAAGAGAAACAACAAUUACAGGCCGAAGUACAACAAUUGCAAGAGCAAUUGGAAACGUACAAAAGUCAAGGUAAAGGUCGAGGUAGAGGAAAUUCCUUAAACGGUCCCUUGGGUUCAGAUGAUGAUGACUAUGAAGCUCAGCGUGAGGCCAACAAAAUAAUCCUCGAUUAUAAAUAUAAAUUGCAAAAGGCCGAACAAGAAAUUGCUAGUCUACAAUCAAGUUUAGCACGUUCCGAAACUCAAGUUAUACGUUAUAAGAGCACCGCGGAGGCAGCUGAAAAAGCAGAAGCUGAACUUAAAAUUGAACGAAGAAAAUUGCAAAGAGAGAAUCGAGAGGCCAUGGAAAAACUUGAAGAAUUGGAAACGGCAAACAAUCAUUUAAUUAAACGUUUAGAUAAGUUAAAAAAUGCCAAGAGUGCUCUUUUAAAGGAUCUUUGACCAUUGUAUGGAUAUGAACGUAUGUCUCAAAUAAAUGAUACACCGCCGCCACAGCCGCCUAAUAGUAAGGUUGACACAGAGGAUUCAGGAAGUAAUUCGUAUACAUCACCAAAGCAGCCACACAGUAGUUAUAACGCCGACGAUGAUAUCGGCAGCAAUCAUGG